CCAAAAAACAAAACAAAAAUGUUCAAAUACUUUGCUCUCAUUUUCGUGGCUCUUUUCGCCUUCGCUGCUGCCGAACCUAAGCCAGCUGUCGUCGCCUACUCAGCCCCAUUGGUCGCCUCGCCCUACGCUGCCGCAUAUGCGGCACCCUAUGCCGCUUACGCCGCUGCUCCUUAUGCCGCCUACGCUUCACCCUAUGCUGCCUACUCCGCUUACCCAUACAGCGCCGCCUAUGUGCUCCGCAAGUAAAUGGAAUGUAGCAGAAAAACUGUGAUAGUUACUGAAAUUGAUUGGC